AAUUGUGGCAGAUUAGAGUCAGAUCUUGGAGAGAGAGAGAGAGAGACAGAGAGAGACAGAGAGAGAAAUGGAAGAAGUCUUAGCAGAGAGUGGCUUCUGCCCACCAACGGGAAUCUACCAUAGCAAAUGGGUCUCUCCUAUGCUUCCUCAAAACCCAUCUCUCUCCCUUCCUUCCUUCCUCCUCUUAUCACUCCCCCUUCAAAUACUCUCAAAACCUGCCUUCAUAGACUCCACCACCGGCAAAUCGGUGACCUACGGCGAGUUCCGGUCACUUAUCACCGCCGCUGCAUGCACCUUACGUUCACUAGGAGUGAAGAAAGGUGAUGUAGUUCUUGUUGUCUCACCCAACUUCCUUCAUUUCCCUCUACUAGUCUUAGGGGUCAUGCACAUUGGUGCCAUUUUCAGCACAGCCAACCCUCUACACACUAGGCCUGAAUUAGAAUCUCAAAUCCAAGACUCUAAGCCCAUUUUAAUCCUCACUACCCAAGAGCUAAAGCCAAAGCUUGAUGGCCUCAUUUCUGGUCCUCUUCUUAUAGUUCAAUCUUUCAUAGAUGAUGUGUUAAAUCAUCAAUCCCAUCAAACAUGGGAAUCCGUAAACGUGUCAAUCCAUCAAUUGGACACCGCGGCACUCAUGUACUCGUCGGGGACGACCGGAAAGAGUAAGGCCGUGGUGUGUUCCCAUGGUAAUCUUAUAGCCAUGAGUUGUUUACUAAGGCAUGUUUGGGAUGCUAAUGGUGAGGCUUGUAAUGAUGUUUACAUGUGUGUGGUGCCUUUGUUUCAUAUGUUUGGGUUGUCUAUGUUUGUGUGUGGGGUGCUAGCCGCUAGAUCGACGGCUGUGAUCGUAAGGAAGUAUUCGUUCGAGGAGAUGCUCAUCGCGGUGGAGGAGUACCAGGUUACUAGGUUGCCAGUGGUGCCGCUGAUCGUGGUCCAGUUGGUGAGGCUGAGUUAUGGAGCUAAGGGGGUAGAGUUGGGUUCUCUAAAAGAGGUGAUAUGUUCAGGGGCUCCCUUGGGCAAGGACUAUAUGGACCGGUUUAUCAAGUGUUAUCCCAACAUCAUACUAUCUCAAUGCUAUGGAUUAACAGAGACCAAUGGCCCCAUUACUCUAUGCAAUGGGGUUAGUGGUAGGCUUCACGUUUCCAUUGGAAGGCUAAUCCCCUGUGUGGAAGCUAAAAUUGUUGAUGUACAGACAGGGAAGCCCCUUCCACCUCUCAAGUAUGGAGAGCUUUAUCUGAGAGGGCCUCCUAUUAUGCAAGGUUACUUCAAGAAUGAAGAGGCAACAGCCCAAACUAUUGAUGAGGAAGGUUGGCUACACACAGGUGACCUAUGCUUCAUUGACCAAUGUGGGCUUGUUUACAUAUUGGAUAGGAUCAAGGAACUCAUCAAGUACAAAGCUUAUCAGGUUGCUCCUGCUGAGCUUGAGGAGAUCUUGUUAAGCCACCCUGAGAUCAAUGAUGCAUCUGUAAUACCGUACCCUGAUGAAGAGGCAGGGGAGAUUCCUAUGGCUUGUGUGGUAAGAAGUGAAAUAAGCAAAGUCAGGGAAGCAGAGAUUAUCAAUUUCGUCGCCUGUAAGGUGGCUUCUUAUAAGAGGGUAAGGAAGGUAGUUUUUGUGGAUUCUAUUCCAAGAUCACCUUCAGGAAAAAUUCUAAGGAGACAACUUAGAGCACUGAGUGACCAUCAGAGGUUGGAAAUCUCCUCCAGAUUGUGAUCCAAUCUUCAUCAGUCAUCAUUUAUGCAUCUCUUAUCAAGAUUACAAGAUUAUGGGAGUAAUAAUUUUUAUGUAGAACCAAAGGAGACAUGAUAUAUCAGGGAAUGAUUAGGGUGAUCAAAUAAAUCUUCAUUUAUUCUUUAUUGGGAAUGGAAUAUGUUAUAUUCUUGGGCAUAAAUUUCAUGUUUGCAUCUCUCUCUGUAAAUGAUGUGAUAAUGGAUAUGAACUCCUAAUCCUUAGCUAUUGAUAUUCUUGUUCCUCUGAUCCAAAAAAAAAAAUGAUUUUCUUGUUCCAUAUAA